GAGGGAGGCGGGAACCUGGGCUGGGAAAAGCGAGGAAGGAAGAGGGAACCUGGGCCGAGGGGGAAGGGGAAAGUUCAGGCCCUAGUGAGGGCGAAGCGGGAAGCAAGAACCUAGGCAGAGGAAGAAACCAGGGCUGGGAACGGCGAGAAGGGAACAGGGAGCCCGAGGCGGGUGUGAGCUCGGCCUGGCACACACAGGCGUUCCGUUUGUGUAGCUUUGUGUGCCUGUUCUUGGGUUGAUGGUCUCCAGCUGGAAUGGAUUGGGAACUGGAAAAGUCAGAAGUCAGGGACAAGAAGAGGCUAACAUGACUGGUACCAGUAUAAUUUAGUGAAUCACCCCAUUUCUAAAGAGCCCAGAGGAAGACUGGUCAUCUCUUGCAGAUCUCAAAACCAUGGCUCAGUUGGCUCAGGAAUCAGUGUCAUUCAAAGAUGUGACUGUGGACUUUACUCAGGAGGAGUGGCAGCACCUGGAUCCUGCUCAGAAGACACUGUACAUGGAUGUGAUGUUGGAAAACUAUUGCCACCUUGUUUCUGUGGGGUGUCACAUGACCAAGCCUGAUGUGAUCCUCAAGUUGGAACGAGGAGAAGAGCCAUGGACAUCAUUUACAGGCCAUACCUGCUUAGAAGAAAACUGGAAAGCUGAAGACUUUUUAGUGAAAUUCAAAGAACAACAAAAUAAGUACCCUAGAUCAGUUUUUUUAAUCAACCACAAAAAACUGAUUAAGGAUAACAGUAAUGCAUUCGAAAAGACAUUUACUUUAAGCAAAAACCCUACUAAUUCAAAAAAUCUACCUCCUGAAUAUGGCACUCAUGGAAAGAUUUUUAACAAUAUUUCAGAAUUAAUCAUCAAUAAUCUAAGUCCUACCAAAAAGAGACUUAGUGAGUACAAUGGAUAUGGGAAGUCACUCCUCAAUACUAAGCCAGAAACAGCUCGCUUUGGAGUCAAAUCCCCUAAUCAGCAUGACAGAGCUGUCAGUCAUAAUGAAAAGCUUAUGCAGUAUCAUAAGAUGGAAACUCCAGCACAGUCAUAUGGACAUAAUGACUAUGAAAGAUCCUUCCUUAAAAAAGGAGGCUUGAUUAAACAUAAUAGAACUUACAGAAGGGAAAACCCAUCUGAAUAUAAUAAAAAGAGAAGAGCAACCAAUAUUGAAAAAAAGCAUACAUGCACUGAAUGUGGGAAGUCAUUCUGUAGGAAAUCAGUAUUGAUUCUGCAUCAGGGAAUUCACACAGAGGAAAAACCCUACCAAUGUCAUCAAUGUGGAAAUUCAUUUAGAAGAAAAUCAUAUCUCAUUGAUCAUCAGAGAACUCACACAGGAGAGAAACCCUUUGUUUGUAAUGAAUGUGGUAAGUCCUUCCGCCUAAAGACAGCCCUCACUGAUCAUCAGAGAACACAUACAGGGGAGAAAUCAUAUGAAUGUCCACAGUGUAGGAAUGCCUUCAGACUGAAGUCACACCUCAUUCGUCAUCAGAGAACUCAUACAGGAGAGAAACCAUAUGAGUGUAACGACUGUGGGAAAUCUUUCCGCCAGAAGACAACACUCUCCCUACAUCAGAGAAUUCAUACAGGAGAGAAACCUUAUAUUUGUAAAGAAUGUGGGAAGUCCUUUCAUCAGAAGGCAAACCUUACUGUGCAUCAGAGAACUCAUACAGGGGAAAAGCCCUAUAUUUGUAAUGAAUGUGGAAAAUCCUUCUCCCAGAAGACAACCCUUGCUCUUCAUGAAAAGACUCAUAACGAAGAGAAACCGUAUAUUUGCAAUGAAUGUGGAAAAUCCUUCCGCCAGAAGACAACCCUUGUGGCACAUCAGAGAACACAUACAGGGGAAAAAUCCUAUGAAUGUCCUCACUGUGGGAAGGCCUUUAGAAUGAAGUCAUACCUCAUUGAUCAUCACAGAACUCACACAGGAGAGAAACCAUAUGAAUGUAGUGAAUGUGGGAAAUCCUUCAGUCAGAAGACAAAUCUCAAUCUACAUCAGAGAAUUCAUACAGGAGAGAAACCCUAUAUUUGUAAUGAGUGUGGGAAGUCCUUUCGCCAGAAAGCAACACUCACUGUGCAUCAGAAAAUACAUACAGGGCAGAAAUCCUAUGAAUGCCCUCAGUGUGGGAAAGCCUUUAGCAGGAAAUCAUAUCUCAUUCAUCAUCAAAGAACUCAUACAGGAGAAAAACCAUACAAGUGUAACGAAUGUGGGAAGUGCUUCCGCCAGAAAACAAAUCUCAUUGUACAUCAGAGAACUCACACAGGGGAGAAACCUUAUAUUUGUAAUGAGUGUGGUAAGUCCUUCAGUUAUAAGAGAAACCUCAUUGUCCAUCAGAGAACUCACAAGGGAGAAAACAUGGAAAUGCAGUAAUAAAUGAUGUAAUUUCUUUGUGAUGCCUUUUUAAGUUAUUCUGAAAUUUUAUUUUUUUAAAAAAGCAUGCUUAAACAUGUAAUUUUAAAAUGUAAUAAUAAUUAUUAAAGUACUAUACCACAUAGCUAUUACCUACUGUUUACUAUCAUAUGAAAUGGGUAUGAUCAUUGAAAAUAAAUGCUAUCAGCAAUGAAGCUAAUUUUUAAAGUUUUGAAGUUCUGCUGACUCAGUUUAUUUUUUUAAGUGCUUAUAUUAAUACAUGCAGAGGCAAGAUACAAAUUAAUAUAAGCAUCGGUUUCCAUAAGAGGAAGAAAAUAAGUAUAUUUCUCAUUGCACUCUGUAGAAUAAAAGGUACUUGUUACUUCCCCAAAGAUUACCACUUCCCUGGCUUUUAACAUAAAGUAGUUUUUGCAUGUCUUUAAACUUUAUAUAUAUUUUGUGAUACCUUAUAGAUUCUUUUGUGUCUCGUUUCACUCAACAUUUUUAAGAUACAUUAUUGCAUGUGGCAGUAGUGUAUUCAUUUUCAUUCUGUAUACUAUUCCAUUUUAAGAAUAUACUACUAUUUAUCCUCUUGAUGGAUAUUUGUACUUUUAUAAUUUUGUGUUAAUAAAGAUACUGCUCUAAA